AGCAACAUCCUGCUAAACACAGACUUCCACCAUGAUCACCCCAGAAUCCGAGGAUAAGAAAGCUUUUCCCAGUGGAUCUAUGGGGCAACAAUAUGGAUCCAACUUAUCAAGUUCUCAGCCCCAUGCAAGUUCACAACGUUUGGGUUGGAAUGGGAACACAUCAGUUAACGGCAGUGAGCAGUAUGAGCCGCAGGAGUGCACUGAGACGGAUUAUCUUCUUCCCAACAAGCUGUACGGUGAAUCGCAGCUCAGGAGAUCCAUAAGAGAGAAGCAUGAGCGUGCAGCUACAGAGUCCAUCUGCUCCAUGAUGCUGCAGAUCCUGGUGCCGUUUCUCUUGGCUGGUCUCGGUACAAUUUCUGCAGGGAUGCUGCUUGAAAUAGUUCAGAACUGGGACGUGUUUCAGGAAAUCACAGAGAUCUUCAUACUGGUUCCUGCUGUUUUAGGCAUGAAGGGGAACCUGGAGAUGACUCUGGCUUCAAGGCUCUCGACAGCUGUAAAUGCAGGAAAAAUGGAAUCUGCCAGAGAAAAGUGGAUGCUGAUUGUGGGGAACUUGUCACUAAAGCAGUUACAAGCCACGGUGUUGGGCCUGUUAGCUUCUCUGAUGGCGACUGUCUUGGGUUGGAUGGCCGAGGGAAAGAUGCCCCUCAAUCAUGGUGUCCUCUUGUGUUCUGCCAGUGUAUCCACGGCCUUUGUGGCUUCACUACUGCAAGGCAUCCUCAUGGUAGGUGUGAUCAUGGGCUCCAAGCGGAUGGGAAUCAACCCUGAUAAUGUGGCGACUCCCAUGGCUGCCAGCUUCGGAGAUCUCAUCACUUUGGCCCUGUUGGCUGGCUUCAGCCAGUGGUUUUACUCACUGCUAAAACACUAUUCCUAUGUGUUGUACGUGGUGGAUCUGUUGUUCUUGUGCCUGAUCCCUGUUUGGAUUAUUGUUGCCUCCAAACACCCAGCAACUGAAGUCCUGCUCCGCACAGGCUGGGAACCAAUCGUCACAGCAAUGGUCAUCAGCAGUAUUGGAGGACUAAUUUUAGACAAGACUGUUUCAGACCCAAACUUGGCAGGAAUCAUAGUUUAUGCUCCAGUCAUCAAUGGUAUUGGAGGAAACCUGGUUUCCAUACAAUCCAGUCGCAUUUCAACUAAUCUGCAUAUGAAUUAUCCCCCUGGAGAAGUUCCUGAGAGCCGUGAGGGAUGCUUCAGCCCUUGCCGUACUUUCAUUGGUUCAGGAGCAAACCAUCGUUCUGCCCAGAUUCUUCUUUUUCUGGUCAUCCCUGGUCAGCUGAUCUUCUUACACGCUAUCCACCUGAUUAAAGGCGGGCACACGUUGCCUAGUCCACUCUUCACAGUUUUCUUCCUUUCUGCCUCCCUGAUUCAAGUCUUCUCCCUACUGUGUAUAGCCGAUUGUAUGAUCCACUGCCUCUGGCGGAGGCAUAAAGACCCUGACAGUUACUCAAUACCGUACCUCACAGCCCUCGGAGAUCUUCUGGGCACUGGCCUCCUCUCUCUUGCUUUUGUGAGCCUGUGGUGCAUUGGCGACCUUGGCCGUGUGUAG